AUGUCUUCUUCCAUCACUCCUGCUCGUAAAGACACUGUCAUCAAUCCCAUUGUUGAUGAAAAUAGUGUAACGGCAAUCAAUAUGAGAAACCGCGCUAUCUUGUAUGCUAGCAACAACCCCGAUAUUACUUUCAAUCCUGCUGCUUUGAACAUGAUCAACAAUAUGCCCAACGACGAAGCUUCUGAAUCCAGGUUUUUUGCUAGCGCUUCUGAGAGAAGAUCCAGCACAAUUGCUCUCCUCGGUAGCGCAGCUGAAAUCCUCACAACUUAUCCAUCCACAGGAAGCACGAAUGACCAAGAAGACAACGCCAAUGCAAAACCAGCAACCCCUUCUUUCUUCCGCUGUUGUCAGUGCCAGAAAGCAUCGAGCUCUCCAAAGUGCCAAAGACAGGACGAGAAAAUUGGCGUCAUCCAAGCCAAAGAUCAAAAAGUCCUCGUCGUCAAUGGUGGAUGCGGACAUUCCAAAUGUUCCAGAUGUAUCAAUGUGGAUGAGAAGGGUGUGCGCAUUGGGAUUAAGCCAUGGGAGUUAGAGUGGACAGGUCCUUCCAUUUCAGGACAAGCAUAG